AUGGAUCACAAUGAAAUGCGCCGCAGGUUUACUAAAAAUAUAAACGCUAUCAUAGAAAUCAAACGCGAUGACAAUAAAUCUUUUUUAAGCGUUGACGAAUAUAACAAACGUAUUGAUGAAGUUAAAGAGGCAAAAGCUUUACUGUCAACACCCGGCUCAGAAAAAGGCAUGAAGCACUAUAGGCGGGUGCGUAAAUAUGACGUCAUUACAAUAGGUGGAAAAGACCGUCUAAUUAAACCUGUUGCUCAAACAGCUGAAUCGAAGGUCCUGUACUACGUCACUAAUGGAGAAUUGUUUGAUAUUAUUCAUAAUGCUCACUUAGCUAUAGGACAUGGUGGAAGAAAUCGAAUGAUUGCUGAGAUAAACAAACUCUACUGCAACAUUACCAAAAAAACGAUAAUGGUAUACCUACGACUCUGUACUCAGUGUCAGAAAAAAAGUAGUACUCCAAAGAAAGGGUUAGUUCCUCGACCUAUCCCGCAUUCCAAUUUAAAUUCACGUGCUCAGGUUGAUUUGAUUGACAUGCAAUCGCAAAGUUACAACGAUUACCGUUUUAUUAUGGUCUAUCAAGACCAUCUUACAAAGUUUGUUUUGCUGAAACCGUUAAGAACCAAAAGGGCAGAAGAAGUCGCGUUUAAUUUAUUAGAAAUAUACACUACCUUUGGAGCACCUUUAAUUCUUCAUUCAGACAAUGGUCGAGAGUUUGUCAAUUCAGUUCUGGUAGAUUUACAUGCGAUGUGGCCAGAGGUAAAAAUUGUUCAUGGCAAACCUAGACACAGCCAGAGUCAAGGAUCGGUUGAGCGUGCCAAUAGGGAUAUUGAGGAAAUGUUAGGCGCGUGGAUGGAUGAAAAUCAAACAACAGACUGGCCUUCAGGAAUGAAAUUUAUCCAGUUCAAGAAAAACCGUGCACUUCAUUCUGGUAAAUGGGUUUUAUGCAACACAACAAAGUUCAGAAAAAUUUAA